AUGACUCCACCAACUUCUAGCAUCACAAAACCCAGAAGACAAGAGUUAGAUGCGUUUAUUAGGGACCAAAUUAUAUGUCAAUGGGAGAAGGACGCUACAUAUGGAGAAAUCUCUAAAGCCCUUGACAUUCCAAAGAGCACUGUUGGAAAUGUAGUGAAAGCCUUCAGAGAUAAAGGUGUUUCCAAGCCUUUGACACGCCUAGAAAGGGAACCAAAGGUUACAAAGAGAACACAAUCUGCAAUGGUGCACUCAUUUCACAGUGAGCUAUUCGUGUCAAUUGUGGCUCAGCAUCAGAGAUUAGUUGAUGUGGGAAUCUCUAUCUGCAUGACUACAUUCCGAAAACUGGAGGAAGAUCAGUGUUUCGUCUGGUCAUUUUCUGUCCCCCAAAAAAAUGUGUUGAUAAGACCUGCCACUGCUCUAGAAGAUUACCAGUAUGAUAAGCGCACCUCUGUUGGCAAGAGAGUUAAAUUCCAGCCCGGUUUUCCUGUCUCUCAUGAGAUAGUCGGUGUUGUUAAGGACAUCAUAAAACAUGGUUUUGAUCUUUGCAUCAACAAUAACAACACCAACACCAACUUCAUCCCAGCAUGUUUAGAUGCUAGUAUGUGUUUUAAUACAUCCGACUGUGCUCAACUAGCUUCAGACACAUAUAUACGACCAGUCUGUGCCUACUCAGAUAGCCCCAACACCACUUCUGUGUCGUUCCUUCCCUUUGCUCAUCCCAAAAACAUCUCAAAACAGCAACAAUCUCUGAUUUUUAAUCAUGUUAACAAUAACGACUGGACAACACUAGACAAUCUUGUUUAA